AUGCCGUCGCAGCAGCAGCAACAGCAGGGCCAGCCGCAGCCGCAGCCGCAGGUGGUGGCGGGGUCGACGCGGUGGUGCCCGACGCCGGAGCAGCUGAUGAUCCUGGAGGAGAUGUACCGGGGCGGCCUGCGCACGCCCAACGCGUCGCAGAUCCAGCACAUCACGGCGCACCUCGCCUGCUACGGCCGCAUCGAGGGCAAGAACGUCUUCUACUGGUUCCAGAACCACAAGGCCCGGGACCGCCAGAAGCUGCGCCGCAGGCUCUGCAUGAGCCACCACCUCCUCUCCUGCGCCCAGUACUACGCCGCCGCGGCGCACCACGGCGGCUUCCUGGCCGCCGCGCCGCCGCCGGUCGCGCCGUACGGGCAUCAUCAGUUGCUCUCCCCGUCGACGUCGCCCACCCCGGCUGCUGCCGCGGCAGCGGCCGCUGCGGCGUACGGCUACUACUACCCCUUCGCUGCCGCUGCACCGGCGAGCAGGUGCGCCGGCAACGCCACUCCCCCGUCGCCGACGACCCAGCUGUUCCACUAUCAGCAUCAGGGUGGCGGAGGAGGAGGGCUUGUGCCGGCGGCGGAGGCGCUCGGCCGGCCGGAGUACUCGUCGCUGGGGAAGCUGGACAACUUCGGCGUGGCGCUUGACGACGUUGUCGUGAGCUCCGCCUCCACCGCCGUCGACAUGACGACGCCUCCGGGGUUCGAGGUGGCGCCGCAGCCGGCUUCCUUCUGCCGGCCGCUCAAGACGCUGGACCUCUUCCCCGGCGGGCUCAAGGAAGAACAGCACGACGUGGCCUGA